GAUCAUGUGAGAGUCCACGCGUCGAAAGUAGGUUAGCUAGCUACGGAGAGAGAACGAAAGACAGAGAGAGGGAGAGGCAAGGAAAGAGAGGUGGAGAGAUCUGACUGUAAACACAUGUCGCAUAUUCGCACUGGAGAAAAUAUUUCUAGUUAGCAACCAAAGGGGAAAAGACGAAUACUUGUGUAUUUCACUUAUGGGCGCGUUUUAGGAAACGUAUGAGGACUUGUUUUCCCUUUUGUUAUAUUUUUUUGCAAUGCUAAUCGCUUUCGUUUGGAGCUAAGAUCACAAGUUUUAUUUUAGCCAGCUUUACAGCUAGCUUCAUAGCUAGCUAAAUAUUUUUUCACUUUCAUGCGCCGGAGUUGUGCCAUUCGAAGACGAUAAGUAAUCAAAAUGAGAGCCCAAAUCGAGGUCAUCCCGUGUAAGAUCUGCGGGGACAAGUCCUCGGGAAUCCACUAUGGAGUGAUCACCUGUGAAGGUUGCAAGGGUUUCUUCCGGCGCAGCCAGCAGAACAACGCCAUGUACUCCUGCUCGCGGCAGAGGAACUGCCUGAUCGACCGCACCAACCGCAACCGCUGCCAGCACUGCCGCCUGCAGAAGUGCCUGGCACUGGGCAUGAGCCGCGACGCGGUGAAGUUCGGCCGCAUGUCGAAGAAGCAGCGGGACAGCCUGUACGCGGAGGUGCAGAAGCACCAGCAGUCGCAGUCGGGCUGCGCGGCGCUGGCGGGCGCCACGCAGGAGGAGGAGGAGUCCGGCGAGGACGGCGGCCUGAGCAGCGGCUCCAGCGCCGCCCUCAGCGACCUGGACGACAUCGCCACGCUGCCCGACGGCCUGCUCUUCGACCUGCCGCUCACGCCCGAGGGCGCCGGCGGCUACUGUGGCCUGGAGCUGCUGGGCGGAGCCUGCGGGGGCGUGGCCUGGGGCGGAGGGGGCGGGAGCAGCGGCGGCAGCAGCCUGUCCUCCCACAGCUCCCCCGAGCAGUGCGGCCUGGACGUCGGCGACGGCGGCCACGUCAAGCACGAGUACGACCUGCUGCACGAGACCGCCCUCUUCGACCACUCGCCGCUGGACGCCCUGCCCGAGGAGCUGUCUCAGCUGGAGACAGAGCACAUCGCGCAGAACGUGGUCAAGUCCCACCUGGAGACGUGUCAGUACAGCGCCGAGGAGCUGAGGAGGCUCACCUGGAACCUGUACACACCCGAGGAGACGCGCGCCUUCCAGGGCAAGUCUGCCGAGUGGAUGUGGCAGCAGUGCGCCCAUCACAUCACCAACGCCAUCCAGUACGUGGUGGAGUUCGCCAAGCGCAUCCCCGGCUUCAUGGACCUCUGCCAGAACGACCAGAUCAUCCUCCUCAAAGCGGGUUGCCUGGAGGUGCUGUUGAUCCGCAUGUGUCGUGCCUACAACCCGCUGAACCACACCAUGCUCUUCGACGGCAAGUUUGCCGGACCUCAACUCUUCAAGGCUCUUGGAUGUGAUGACCUGGUGAGCUCCAUGUACGAGCUGGCUAAAGGCCUGUGCCGCCUGCAGCUCACAGAGGAGGAGAUGGCUCUGUUCAGCGCCGCCGUGCUCCUGUCACCAGACCGGCUGUGGCUGACGGACUCCCUGAAGGUGCAGCGGCUGCAGGAGAAGGUGUACCUGGCCCUGCAGCACUGUCUUCACAGGAACUGCGCCAGCGAGACCAAACUGGCCAAGGUAAUUACACCUGCGCACUGCUCUCCAACCAUUCAGCCAAUGAGCAUGCAGCAUUCACCCACCCAUCAGCCAAUGAGCAUGCAGCAUUCACCCACCCAUCAGCCAAUGAGCAUGCACCGUUCACCCACCCAUCAACCAAUGAGCAUGCAGCAUUCACCCACCCAUCAGCCAAUGAGCAUGCAGCAUUCACCCACCCAUCAGCCAAUGGUGAGCAUGCAGCAUUCACACACUCAUCAGCCAAUGAGCAUGCAGCAUUCACACACUCAUCAGCCAAUGAGUGUGUACCACUCUCCAACUCAUUAGCCAAUGAAUGUACACCACU